ACACACCUGAGCUCCGCCACAGAAAAUCUAUCUGUUCUGUUUCUAUGCUCGAAAACCAGCCGGAUCCUCGGCGCAUGCGUACAUUCUAAAAUACGAUUUGCACAACGGUCCGACAUCAAAGAUGGCGGGAGCCUCCGACCCACUGGAGGACAUGCUCUUCACUGAGGUGGAUGAGAAAGCCGUUAGCGACUUGGUGGGCUCUCUGGAAUCUCAACUGGGCGACAGAAAGACUCCCGCCGCUUCGUAUUCCGACGGGAAACGGGAGGCAGCUCCGGCCGCCGCGGGGCAGUUCUCAGGGAAAGUGCGCGAUCAAGUGGGGUCUGUGGAGCCGCAACAAGGGCAUCCGAAAGCGGGGUUAACCCAGGAACCCGGCGCUAAUGAGCCACUCUCCGGUCAAACCCUCUCCUCCUCUACCUCCUCCGUCGCCGCCGGGGCCGUAAUCACCACCGGAGCCGGGCUGCAAGCAGUUGGAGCAGCUCCCCCGACUGCUUCCCCCGGACCGGGACCCGUAACUUUGCCCACUCAGCCCGCCGCUGCUAGCUUCCACCGGGCGGCUGUCCUGGGUCCGAGCGCGGCUCCCAGCUCCUCCAUCGCCCCCGCGGCGGAGCCGAUCGGGACCGGGUCUCCCGGACUGCAAAGUUUAAACGGAAACGGCGGAGCUGUAAAGUUGGUGAACUCGCCCGCGGUCCCUCCACCAGCCGGGGCCAGCACUGUUAUAAGUACUGUCAGUGCCGGGGGGUCCGCUAUCAUCGCCUCCAUGGCUUCACAGCCGAACUUCCCGGUACCUCAGUCCUCCGUGGCGUCUCCCACCGUGGCUCUGCAGAGGCACCCGAGCCCGGUGGCCAGCGUCGCCCAGAACGGGGUAGACCCUAAGGGUGGCCAGCUGGUGACCCAGGGUGCCCCCUCCCCAUCAGCCUCCACCUCUCAGGUCAUGAACCACAGCAACCCUCUGAUGCACACCAAGAUGCUGGUGCCCAGCCAGCCCGUCUCUGGAAACUCAUCAGUCAUCCUGGCGAGUACCCCCCCUCCCACUGCAGUCCAGUCCCCCAUCAGCCAGACCCAGACCGGGACCAGCACCGCCACCGUCACCCUGGCCCCUGCGGGGGUGAAGCCUGCGAUGAACGGCGUGGGUCAGCCCGCCGUGGCCGUGGUGAGGCCGCCGGGCGCUCCGGUGGUGGCCACCUCCAUCCAGCAGCAGAGACCGGGGCUGGUGGCGAGCCCGACCCGGGCAGCCGCCCCUCAGCUUCCUCUGGCCGUCCGGCCCCAGCAGCAGACCACCAUCCAGCUGCCCCCCGGGUUCACCAUGCCUCCUGGUAUGGUUCUGGUCCGGACAGAGACUGGUCAGCUGGUGAUGGUCCCCCAGCAGGUCCUGGCCCAGGCUCAGGCCAAGACACAGCAGGCCCAAACAGUAACCAACAUCGCCCAGAGACCGGCGACCCCGACGGCCGGGGCCACCAUCCGGGUCAGCACCGCCACCACGGUUCCUGGAACACCUCAGACCGUCCGCCUGGCCUCCCCCGCUCCAACCAGGAUGGUUCAGUCUCCCUCCAGCACUGUACAGAAGGCCAUCACCGUGGCCCCCGGCGGCACAGCCGUGUCGGUGAAGAUGACGACCCCUCAGAAGGCCCCGACGGUGAUCACAGCGGGGGGGGUGCCUGCGGCCAAACCUGCCGGCAUCCCGUCCGCCCCCCUGACCAGCACGACCCCCUCCCCCACCGCCACGGCCCCGGCCAGAGUCACUGUGGUGUCCCAGGAGAUGCAAGAAAACGUGAAGAAAUGCAAGAACUUCCUCGCCACGCUCAUCAAGCUGGCGUCACACAACUCCCCCUCCCCAGAUACCUCCAAGAAUGUGAAGGCCCUGGUGCAGGACCUACUCGAUGCUAAGAUUGAGCCUGAGGAGUUCACCACUCGGCUGCAGGCUGAGCUGAAGUCCUCCCCACAGCCCUACCUCAUCCCCUUCCUCAAGAAAAGCCUCCCUGCCCUGCGUCAGUCUCUGCUCAGCAGCCAGCAGUCCCUGAUGACCGCCACCCCCAGCACCUCUGCACCCCCUCCGGCCGCCCCUGGCUCCGUCACCACCGCCGCCAUCAGACCGCGGCUGCCCAUCAGUCCGGCCAGCAGCACCGUCAGAUUGAACGCACCGCUCACAAACACAACAGCUCUGGCCGUGGGCAGACCAGGAGUCCAGACUGUGCAGACACGAACACCUAUCGUCAUUGGUCAGACUCUCAGACCUCAAGGUACUCUCAUCAGAGGACCCACAACCAUCAUCGGCAAAAGUGUUGUUAACCUGACUGCUCAGGCCAAUCAGAAGAAGCUGAGUGACCCGGGGGGCGGGACGUUCAGAGAUGAUGACGACAUUAACGACGUGGCGUCUAUGGCCGGCGUCAACCUUAACGAGGAAAACGCCCGUAUCCUAGCAACAAGCUCGGAGCUGGUCGGCACAAAGAUCCGUUCCUGUAAAGACGAAUCCUUCCUGCCCACCGGUCUGCUGCACCGCCGCAUCCUGGACUCAGCUAAGAAGCUGGGUGUGACCGAGGUUCCUCUGGAGGUGGUGAACUUCAUCUCCCACGCUACUCAGUCCAGACUGCGCUCGCUGCUGGAGAAGGUCUCAGCCGUUGCUCAGCAUCGUACAGACGGAGGGAAGGAUGAAGAACAUUAUGAACAGUCAUCAGACGUCCGCUCGCAGCUUCGUUUCUUCGAGCAGCUGGAGCGGAUGGAGAAACAGAGGAAAGAUGAACAGGAGAGAGAGAUUCUGCUGAAGGCCGCCAAGAGUCGAGCCCGACAAGAGGAUCCUGAACAGGCUCGUCUGAAGCAGAAGGCUAAGGAGAUGCAGCAGCAGGAACUGGCUCAGAUGCGACAACGAGACGCCAACCUCACGGCGCUCGCCGCCAUCGGACCGCGCAAGAAACGCAAGCUGGACUCACCGGGAGGAGCGGCGGCGACAGAGGUGGCAUCGGGUUCAGGUGCAGGCUCCUCCUCUUCCUCCUCCUCCCGUCAGCAGCUCCGUCAGCGGAUCACACGAGUUAACCUCAGGGACUUCAUCUUCUGUCUGGAGCAGGACCGCAGCACAGCUCGCUCUCUGAUGCUCUACAAGGCUCUGCUGAAAUAAGGAGAGGGCCCCCUGCAGGUCACAGACUGGAUUACACCUCACCUCCUCCACCUCCUCCUCCUCAGUCCCUGUAGCUCCUCUCAGUCUGUUCUCCAUCCUCCUCAUGUGUCUAAGCUCGUCCAGGUGUCUGGAUUUCACCUGCACAUUCUCAGCUCCGUGUCUCUGCCAGGUGUUCAGUUCAGAGGUUUGAGGACGUGGUGACUCAGGUGUGACCUGAAGUCACAGCAGGUAAACUGAUUAAAGCCAGGUGAGAGCAGGUUGUCACUGUUGGACUGAUGAUGUAUCCAGAUUUCUGAUCAGACUCAUCCUCAGACCGACCCCCACGCUCACUCAGGUGACCUCACCUGUCUCACCAGAGUCGUGUUUAAACUCAUUGUGGUGCCCCCCCCCCCCCGGCUGAAUAAUGUGCAGGUGUGAACCUCAGCACCGUGUCGUGUUGUUGUCCAGACUCCGUUCAGACUCCAGCGCUGUACCUGCACAGGUGCCUUCUAGUCUCAGUCUCCACUUCCUGUCCCUGUCUGGCUGUUCAUAGCCCACUCAGGACGCCGGGCUCAUGGGCUCCUCGGUUCGUUUGUUUUUAAAGUUUGCUGACACUCAGCCCUCACUCUGGUUUUUCUUUGUUCGGUCGUCUGCAGCUGCUCGGAGGAUCAGAACGAGCGGAGGACAUUUGAGCGUCGUGUCGUCCGAGACAUGUUUGGACUGUGAAGCUGCGACAGGGAAACAACAGUUAGUCCACCAUUUUAAUGUGUGUGUGUGUGAGUGUGUGAGAUAAUCAUGCUGAAACAGUCGACAGACCUGAGAGGUUAAAGGGUUAAAGGAGCAGUUCAACAUUUAGAAAAUCCUCAGAUUCAGAUCCUGAAUCCUGAAUCCUCUCCUGUGAGGAAACAGGAGAGUAACUCCACCUGUCAGGAGCUGAUCAUGUGACCACCAGCUGUGGGUCACUGUCACGUUAAUUCGUCUCAAACGAGUCGACGUUUGCCACCAAGUCACUUCAGAUAAAAGACAGGAAGUCAAAGCAGGGACUGAAACUAUUGAUCAUUUUCUAAUUAAUCAAUGAAGCAUCUUUAAUUUGUGAGACCUCCGUCUACAGCUGCUUUUAGCUGCUUUUAAUGAAAGUUGUUUUUAAUAAGUCGUCAGUGAAGGUUUAAAUGUAUCAGCUGAUCUGAGUUCAGACACAGAGAGAUGAGGACAGAUGUUUAACAGCUGCUGAACAGACACAUUCACCCUCCAAAACAUCCAUCUGAUUUAUGCUAACUUUUCCACUCUGUAUGCUAAGCUAAGCUAACCAGCUGCCGUAGCUUCUCGUUAGCAUCCAGAGGAUUUCAAUGUUGAACUGCUCCUUUAAAGCUCGUUAAUCACAGGAGCUGGUUCUCCUUCACUCGACUCACUCAGGCUCAUCAAGGCUCAAACUCCACAUCAAACAUUCCUGCCCCCCCCCAGCUGACAUGUGAUUAACCUCUGAUGAUGUGAGCUCUCAGUCGACCUGUUGGAGACGUGGAUUUGUCCGAGUCGUAGACAGAUGCAGUUUUUUUGGCUUCACAGUUUUUCUGCUUGUUUGGAGCGGACGUGGAAACGUGAAGGUUUUUAACGCUUUAAAUGGUUUUUUCUUUCCUCCCUCAUGUUAUCGGGCAUUUGGUUUGUACAGUAUCAGGGUCUACCUGAGGCCGCGGUGUGUUCAGGGUCUGGCCCGGCUCGAGUUUCAUCUGUUGGAAGGACACAAUUUUUGCGACUAUUUAUAUUUCCUACAUUCUGUACUCAAUCCUGACGCAUUUCAGGCAAUGCAAUUUUACAGUUGUUUGUACCUUUGCAAAAAAAUGAAAUAAAGAAAAUGAUAAAGAAACA